GAAUAUGAGAGUCGUAAAUCUAUAAUUUCACUUAUGACGUCACUGUGACGUCAUUGCAAAUGGGAUCGACACCAAAUUUGGACACAACCUUGGCUAGGUAUUCAGGAAGAUGUGUGCAAAGUUUCGCUUCUCUAUCUCUUCGCGUUGCGACGAUAUCGUCGCAGAAGUAAAGGGGGGGCAACUUUAUGCCCCCCCCCCCAGCGGCCGGCGGGUGGCGCGGAGGCCCAGCGGCCGCCGGGUUAAGACAUUUGAAUCUUUUUAUGUCUUUCCUGCAUCUCAUAAAUACUGUCACAAUAUCCUGACAGCACCCUAUGGCCAUGGGCCGCAGCUCGAGUGAUUCAGACGACGACCGCGUGCGCCGCCGUCGGGAACGCCGCUCGCCCGAUCGGCGACACAAGAGGCGCGCCCACCGCUCCCGCAGCGACUCGAGGACGCGUCAUCGGCGGCGGCGCUCGGGCAGCCGGGAGCGCCGCCGCCGCCGCGACCGGCGCCGCUCGCGCUCCUCCAGCGGUGAGCGCGACCGGCGGCGGGACCGGAGACGGUCGCGGUCCUCCAGCGGCGAGCGGCGCCGCGACAGACGCCGCUCGCGCUCCUCGAGCGGAGAGCGCCGCCGUCGCCGCCGCCGCUCUUCCUCGUCAUCGUCAGGCCGCUCGGCGCGUCGCUCGCGCACGGCGUCGAAGGCGGCGUCUCCGGCGCGGCCUAGCCCGGCUCCGGCGCCCGCGCCGGCGGUGUCGCUGCUGUCGGACGACCCGGCGGGCCGCGCCGCCGCCAUCGCAGCUGUCGAGGAGGACGAUUUUGUGCAGCGCUCGUUCAUCUCUGGUAAAUCUCGGCCUGUCGCCGAGCAGGGUCUGACCACGGACGAACAGGAAAAGCUGGCCAGCCUGGCCGAGAGCACUGACACUAAAACGGAGAUGAAGGACGAGGACAUCGUUCACCCGAAACUGUCCGAGGGUGUGCAGAAGAAAACGGACAUGUGGGUGAAGAAAAUAUACGCGAUGCGUCAAAAACUCAUCGCCGCGGGGUCCACCGUGUCGUGAUUGCGUCGUGCGUCGGAACUUGUGCGAUGGUGGUAUGCUACAUGGUUAUACUUAUGCCCCCGAUUUUAAAACGGCAUGUAAAUCGCCUUGUCCGAUGCAUUUGCUGACACUCGUCUAUCAUCUUGUCCAUUCAUGCUGACAUGUGUUGCGACAAAAUACAGCGCUAAAAAUAACAAUGUGUUGUUUGCGCGAUGCUCAUUCUAACACGCGAUGUUCAGGAAACUAAAUUCUGCAUGACAAAUUGAUACCUGGUUAGGCAUGACAGCAAUAUCUAACAGCUU